AUGAAUCAAUUUCUUUACAAAGAUAAAGAGAUUCCAGUAGCUGUUCUAGACAUGGAAGUAGACAAUGAACAAUAUCUAUUACACAACAUUACAAAUCUCAAACAAUACAUGGAACUGAAACCCUCAGAAAAGCAAGUUAAAAAAAAAACACUCAAAAGCAAUAAAAAGGAACCGGUUGUAAAAGCAAGUUAUCAGUCAUAUAAAAAAGAGGAUAAGGAGAAGUUUUUUUAUUGGGUAUAUGAGAAGCAAUUUAAUGUUUGUGCUGCUUGCAAAAUGGUCAAUAUACCUCCCAGCACUGGUCAAAACUGGUUCAAGAAAGGUGUGGAAAGCUUGAUGAACAAUGAAGAUUUAUCUCAAAGGAAAAGUGGAAGCAGUUUGAACAGUAGUUCAGCUGGAAGACCACCCAAACUUUGCGAAGAAUACAAAGAUUUUGUGGUUGGUAUAGUAGAUGAAAAACCAGAUAUUGUCUUGGAGAAAAUGAUAGAGAAGUUGAAUGGCCAGUUUAUAGGUCUCAAAAUCAAAAAAACUGCUUUACACGACUUUCUCACCAAGAAAUUCCAGCUCACACUAAAAAGAGCUUACUUCUAUUCAAUACAACAAAACAGUAUUGAGAACAUUGAAGAAAGACACAAAUGGGUUACUCGUUGA